CUGCCAAAUGCACCAACCAACAGCAGUGGUCGCACCAGCAAGCACCAUCUACUCGACCAUCAGCCAAGCCGAGUGCCGCCAGCGCUGGUCCCGGCUGACGCUCUGCGAAGAGACCAACCAAGUCAAAGAGCUCCACACCAUCAUCCGGGAUCGCAGGACGGCUGGCAAUGACUUUAUCUUUUACGCAGACCGCCUCAUCCGCCUCGUGGUGGAGGAGAGCCUCAACCAGCUGGAGUGCUCCGAGACGAACAUCACCACGCCAACAGGCUCAGUCUACGCAGGCGUGUCCUUCACCAAGAAGCUCUGCGGCGUCAGCGUCAUGCGCGGCGGCGAGGCGAUGGAAAAGGGCCUCCGCGACUGCUGCCGUUCCGUCAGGAUUGGCAAAAUCCUCAUUCAGCGAACCGAGUCCUCCUCCGAGCCCGUAUUGUCGUAUGCCAAGUUUCCACCAGACAUUGCCGAGCGCCAGGUCAUGGUUUUCGAUCCCCAGCUGGGCACUGGCAAAACAGCUUGCAAGGUGAUUGAGGUGUUGCUCGAGCACGGCGUACCGCAGCCCCGAAUUCUGCUGGUCACGCUGAUUGCCAGCCAGCAAAGCCUCGAUCUCGUUUUCAAGCAGUUUCCAGAGCUCCGCAUCGUAGCAUCGCAAAUUGAUUCGGACUUGGACGACAACCAUGGCAUUGUUCCGGGGUGUGGUGACUUUGGGGAUCGGUACUUCCGCACUGACGAUGAUCAGUGAUGAUUGUUUUUUGGGGAAAAAAGUGUUUUGUACGGGUAAACUCAAAAGGCUGUCUUCCACAAUUGACGCCAAUAUCGAAGAAUGCAGUAA